ACCUUAUCCCACUCGCACAAGCCAAAGUAGUUAACUCCACGCCCCACACGUCUUUGUAAACUUCUUACCCCCUUCCUCUCUAAAAAUCACACCGUUUCACUCAUAACUUGUCUACUAUAUAUAUUCUCCUUCAACUCCUCCAUAACUUCAUCAAUUCUCUCCAUAACUUCACCAAAAUUUUCAGUUUUCACAUCUUGUUGUGUCUUGUUUUUGCUCAAAAUCACUCAUUCUUGAAUCUCUCUCUUGUUGGUAUCACUUAUUUUUGCUCAAAACCUCCAAAUUUCAAAUCUUUCCAUUGUUGGUCUGUCCAAAACUCCCAAAUUUCCAAUCUUUCACUUGUUGGUCUCUUCAGAACUCCCAAAUUUCCAAUCUUUCACUUGUUGGUCUCUUCAAAACUUCCAAAUUUCAAAUCUUUCACUUGUUGGUAUCUCUUGUUUUUGUUCAAAACACCCAAAUCUUGAAUCUUUCUAAGAAAAAAAAAAAAGAAUGGUGCGUUGUAGCAACAAUUUAGUUGGGAUUCUAAAUAUAGUAACUUUACUCUUAUCAAUUCCAAUUAUAGGUGGUGGUAUAUGGUUAUCAAGACAAGCAAAUACAGAAUGUGAAAGGUUUCUUGAAAAACCAGUAAUAGCAUUAGGUGUUUUUAUAUUACUAGUUUCAUUAGCUGGUAUAAUUGGUUCUUGUUGUAGAGUAACAUGGUUACUUUGGGUUUACUUACUUGUUAUGUUUUUAUUAAUUUUGUUGCUCUUUUGCUUUACUAUAUUUGCAUUUGUGGUUACUAAUAAAGGUGCUGGUGAGAAAAUUGGUGGUAAAGGGUAUAAAGAGUAUAGAUUUGGAGAUUAUAGUAAUUGGUUACAAAAAAGAGUUGAUAAGAAUUGGAAUAGGAUACAUAGUUGUUUGCAGGAUAGUAAGAUUUGUACAAGUUUGAUUCAAGAGAGUAAUACUAAAGCUGAUGAUUUCUUCAAGGAACAUCUCUCUGCUCUUCAGUCUGGUUGCUGCAAGCCAUCAAAUGACUGUAACUUCCAUGAUUGCUUGCGUGCCAUUUGA